GAGCGUACAGGAGUUAGGGGGUGUGGAAAGGUAGAGAUUGUAGGAUGUUGUAUGGUGACUGUGUGCCUAUUAAGCACCAGAUUAUGAAGAGUUAAAGUGAGGUUACGUUUCACAUGGCUUGACAUUAUAAACAGUCCUGUUGAUGGAACUUCAUCAGGCAUAGCAGCAAGUCCAGAUAUGCAGAACUGGAAGCAUUCAAAUAAUUUCUGGCAAUUAACAUUGCAGAAGUGCUAAGAGUUCAGUUUUGUUAAGUUGAACAGUGACCUUACUAGUGAAUUAUGUUGGAAAAUGAACCUAAUACUGUUUACCUAACUACUAUGUCAACUACUGAAAGUAUGGAUAGUCACCAGGCAGAUAACUGUCAGAACUACAUCACAGUAAUACCAGUGGAAUAUCCCAGGAGCAGGGUUUAUCCACAACCACCAGAGUACUUGGUGGAUCAAUACAGUGAUUACCUGCGUGAUCGUACUCGUGAGGAAUAUAUGCGUGGGGACUACAACAUCAACUCAGAGCCUCAAUUUGAUGAGGUUGGUCCCUUGUACACAGUGUCUCAACGGUUUGAGAGGGACAAGCCCCACCUUGGAACUACUGCUGUGGGGUACGGAACAAUAGGGCAUGAUACAGACAGAGACUGGGAUAGAUCACUACACUCUCACACUUCCGGCUCAUCAGACGCUACACAACAAUCCAAAGAUGGCAGUUCAGCUGAGUUACAAUCUGAUGAUCAACAGCCAGCUCAGCUAAUUGCAUCCAAACCACUGAAGAUGUGUGUGUACCUUAUGUCACGAGUAGUGCUGCAUAUGGAUUUGGAGGAUGGAGUGAACAUCACAGUGCAAGAGCUAGUACAGUCUAUUCUGCAGGAAGAGGAAGUGGGUCUGCCAAGGGUUGCAGCUAACAUCUUUACACUCUGGAUGUGCUCUAGCCUAUUGGAAGUUCAGCUUAAGCCCCAUCAUAAACCAUAUGAAAUUUGUCACAAAUGGCGAACAUUAGUUUCUCAGUACAGUGCAGCAUCAGAGUCUUCCAUAGAAAGGGAUGAACCAGUUCUCUCUUUCCAACGGAAUGUCUUUUUCUCAAGGAGGGAUGAGGAAAAGAUUAAGGACCAAAAACUGUUGGACUUGCUUUAUGAAGAAGCAAGGUAUAAUAUUUUGGAAGGCCGAUACCCAUGUGAAGUGCCCCAUUAUAUCAUGCUGGGAGCUAUUCAGGCUCGUAUUGAAUUGGGUCCAUACAAUCCCCAGGUUCACACUAUACAGUAUUUUAGGGAACAUCAGUGUAAAUUUCUUCCAGCGCAUGUGACUCGUAGUACUUGGUCAUGGCUUCGGAUCAGUGGGAAGAAUUCCCCUGAAGUACGACUCCUGGAACAGUUUAAAGGAAUAUCCACCAACACACCAGUCAGAAAACUAGUCCGCAAAUAUCUUGAAUUUUGCUGGUCCCUUCCUUACUAUGGAGGAGCAUUCUUCCAAGGACAAGUGGAACAACCAGUGCGUGGCCUCACUUCCCUGAUCACACAUCAGGACAUACCUGUUUUGGUAGCAAUCAAUGCCCAAGGAGUAUAUAUUAUUGAUGACAUUCAGUGUACACUGUUAUUGGGGCUGAAAUAUGAAGAAUUAUCAUGGGAUUUUGCAAAACCAUCUCAAGAAGAUAAUCCUGAUUGCUUGCCAUGCCUCUUUCUGCAGUUUAUGGUACUGGAGAAUGGUACAAGAGUUUCAAAAAUUCUUCAGGUGUUUUCUAAGCAGGCUGUGAUGAUGGAUACACUGAUAUCUGGAUUUGUGGAAGAAAUUAAACAGAAAACAACAGCUGCCUAUACUGAUGAACCAGACCGACCAGCAUAUGACACAUCUACAGAUAGCGAUGCAGAUACACAAGUACCACUGACAAUGGUGAAUCGCCGAGAACUGCCGCAGUCUUGUCUAAGUAAUAAAUUGAGUAAACUCACACUUGCUACAUUUGAUGAGGAUGAUAAUUUGUUAGCACGCUGUGUGUCUGACCACUAGUGCAUGAGAAAGUAGCUCACUCUACACUCUCUAGACAUAUUUGCACAUUAUAAUUGGAAGCAUGGAGUUGUAUUUUAUAUACAUAUGUAUAAUUACAGCUAAACAGGGCGUUGCAUUGGUCAAAUGGGAUCUUGGGCCUUCAGUUACUGAGUACAUAGUGGAUAUGUGUAAGGAUAUUCUAGACAAUGUACGCUGCUGACAACAUGUAGUAUGAUCUCAGGUGGUGUUCACAGGAGCCAGUAUGUACAUCAUAAUGCCAUAAAUUGUUCUCACUCUCCUAGAAGUAACUAUUUUAAUUUAAUGGAAGACUGGCAGUCCCAUCUUAUUGUGUUACAGUAUUCAUUCUGACUUUCAUUAAUAUUUUAUUACUUGUACUUUCCUGUAGUGACAUUUUAACUCAUAAAAUGCCUGAUUGUGUUUAAGGUCACUCUACAAAAUUAAGACAGAAUAUAUAGACCACCCAGUUGCACUGUGUUGUAUAUACAUGAUCUGCCAGCAAAUGUCUUGGAACUAUGUUAUAGUAACAAAUAACUAGUAGAUCCUACCAGAUAAUAGAAGUGGAAUAGAAUUGCACAUUGUGUUUGUAGUAAUGAAGUGGUCACAUAUGGUUGCUGGGUUGGUUUCAUCUUCAUCCAUGUGGGAUGUGUUGGGAGAAAUGUACUGCUACAGGUGGCCUAUAUGUUCCCCCAUUUCAUCUGCAGCAUACCAUUUUGUACACGAGUAUUAUUCUGUUGUUGUCAUGCAUAUCAUUGACAAAAUAACUGUAGUAUGUAGUGUAGUAUUGUGAAUUUAGUGCUAAUCAUUAUCUUGAGGAAAGAUUAUUAGAAAUAUAUCUGUUUACUCAAAAAGAAAGAUGAUUUUGAAUUUAAGGUAACAUUACUAAGAAGUACAUAAAGAAUAUUGUGAUCUAUCAUGUUUAACAUGGCAGCAGUUUUACGACAGCCCUUUUUAGCAGCUCUUUAUGCAAAAAGUAUAUUAAAAAUUCAUUAUGGAUCUGUCUAUAUGAUGCUUCUUCAGAUUUCUUAAACCAGUUUGGAUUUUUGUGAUACUCUGUGUGAAACACUCUGCCUGAAAGUUUGAAUUAGUUUUUAAGCAAAUCUUGUUAAGUACAGCAUACUGAAGAAUGUUUCAGACCAAGAAUCAUAUUGAGAUGUGUUUACCAGUAUUUACUCUUUCUCUGCCCCCAAUUGAUCCCCAUUUUAUGAGGUAAUAAUUAAACAUUUUGGCAGAACACCAAGUUGACUGUGUAAGCAUGCAACUUAACUUCCCCUUCUUUUCUAUUAGUACAGAAUUAGUACUGUAAUUAUAAUCUAAUUUUAUUGAAAUAAUAAUCAUUUAUACAGUCAUUUUAAUUUAAAUCUUUUGUCACAUACUUAACUAAUGUUCGUUGGAAAUUUCAUAUCUCUAGAUUUAAUGGUGAGUUUUCUAGGUAACAUGGCCAUGAAGUGAACUUGCAAGUUAUGGGACAACCUGCUCAUUUUUUUAUUUUAUUAUUAUGAAUCGACUUGGUACUGCAGCCACUACUGGCCUGUUGUACCAACUGCAGAUGA